ACCCCAUCAGCGGUAAAAAAAAGCCCUAAAUUGUAAAAAAUUUGCCCUGUAAAUUGGACUGCUGGUGUGGGUUAAAUAAAUGAGUUAAUUCAUUUCAUAGAAAAAAGAGGGCACUUACAACUAUCAUACGACAUACACAUUAUGUAGUAUCAUACGAUUGUAUGAUACCCAAAAAAUCGUCGAGUUACCCAUCACUGCUUUUAAGUUGCCAAGUUGUAUGACCACGAGGUUUUGCUUAUAAAAAAUUUAUUAAAUACCGUGAGUUCAUAAAAAGCUAAUUGCAAUUCGUUUUGAUCUAAAAAAUGACAAGAUUUGCUCGAGCUAAAGGCUCCAAGGGUUCUAAUGAGCGUGUCCUAGACGAGCCAACUCCAUGGCAUUUGAUGAAACAACAACUUGAGUCCUCAGCUAUAUCCAAGGAAAUCACCGAAAAAGUUAAAUCUGCUCAGGAUCUCCUGAAAGAAAAAGAUGAUUUGUAUUAUUUUGAUACACUUGGAAACUCCAAAGUUGAUUGGGCUGAUAUUGAGCCUGAAAACAAUAACUUAACACCAUCUAAUAAAAAAAAAAUAAAUACACCGGAUAAAAAAUCAAAUAAACGUAUGCUGGCAGAGGUAGUUGAACCAUCUAAUGCAAUCAUGAGUGAUUCAGUUACUCCAGAACCUUCAACUGUUGUAAAAACUAAAGUACCAUCAACUAAAAAACCUAAAAUCAAUGAUAACAUUGAUGAACCUUCGGAUAAAAAAGCUGCAGAUGAACAAAAAGCUUUAGCGAGAUCUGAAAAAAAUAGAAAAAGAAGACAAGAAAAAAAAUUAAAGUAUAGAGAAAAAUUACAAGCUGAAAAUAAAUUAAAAGAUAAUUCUUCAAAUAAUAAUGAUAAUGAUAAAAAGACAGGAGAACAAUUGAGUAAACGUCAAAAAAGAAAUAGAAAAAAUAAACUUAAAAAUGAAGAUAAUGAAUCAACAAGUGUCAUUAAUUCUGAAGAAGGAUCUUCAACACCAAGUGAACUGAUCAACUCGAAAUUUCAGCAAAAUAAAAAUAUAGAUAAUACUCCAAACAUGCAACAAAAUGAUAGAUUCAAUAAUGGAUGUAAACCACCUAAAAAAAAGCUUCCAAAACCACGUGAUGAUUUAGAACACAAACGUCGAAAGCCAUGUCCACCAAGUGAAAAAGUAACAAUAAAUGGUUUUGAAGUUGAAAUUGUUCAUUAUGAUGGUUUUCCAGUUAAAAAAGAAGAUGCUGAUAGACUAAAAGAAUUACGUUCACAAAUGAUAUUAAAAGGAAUACCAAAACAACAAAUUGAUGCUGCAAUGAAACUUGAAAGAAGAAAAGCUGAAAAAGCAUUAACAAGGAUUAAAAAAACUGUUUGUUUUCAUUGUCGUAAAGCUGGUCAUAAUUUAUCUGAUUGUCCUGAAAUUGGACAAGAAGUUGUAACUGGUAUUUGUUUUCAAUGUGGAUCAACAGAACAUACACAUUUUGAAUGUAAAGUUGUUAAAAAAGAUGAUUUUAAAUUUGCAUCAUGUUUUAUUUGUCGUGAACAAGGACAUAUAGCUAAACAAUGUCCUGAUAAUCCGAAAGGACUUUAUCCACAAGGUGGUGCUUGUAAAUUAUGUGGUGAUGUAACACAUUUGAAAAAAGAUUGUCCUGAUUUAAAAAUUGAAAGAGAAGAAAAUCUUAUGACAUUAGGUACUAUUGGAAAUUCAAAUUUAGAAUCAUUAGAUAAUCAGUCAAUACAUAUAAAUAAUGAUUGUAAAAAACCAAUUAAACAAGUUAUUAAAUUUUAAAAAAUAUUUCAUGUUUAUUUUUUAUUAAAUAUUAAUUAUGUAAAUUUGGAUACUUUUUUUUUUUUUUUAAAAUAAGGUCACGGGCUCAAUUUCUGAACUCUUUAGGC